AUGAUGCAGACGGAGUCCCUUUCGUCAUCGGCGCCGCCUCCGACCGUCGACACGCCUGCCGACAACGAAAACCAGAGCGACGGCUCCAAGCUGCGCACCUUUCUCGGCAUCCUGCGCAAGUUCAUUGGCGUGUCUGAUCUCGCCGCCGUCCGAUUCUCGUUGCCCUCGCAGCUGCUCGAGCCCACGCCCAACCUCGAAUACUGGACCUACCUCGAUGCCCCCAAUGCCUUUGUCGCCAUCGGCACCUCGGACGAGCCCCUCGACCGCAUGCUCGAGGUUGUGCGCUUCUGGCUGACCAAGGACCUCAAAUAUGCCAAGGGCAAGCCCUGCAAGCCUUACAACUCGUGCCUGGGAGAGUUCUUCAGAUGUAACUGGGAGACGGAAAAUAAUGCGCCCAAGAUUGCCACUAGCAAUCUCGGAAACGAGAGCUCUGCUUCCAGCAAGUCGAGCAUCAAGAGCAUCAAGAGCAACAAGAACGCCUCCGCGUUGUCUCUCUCGCCGCCUCAGCACGGCACAUCGAGCGACAGCAAACCCGUCACUGUCUCCUACCUGACCGAGCAGACGUCGCACCACCCGCCAGUGUCCGCCUUCCACAUUACCUGCCCGGAGCGUGGUCUCAGCGCGCGCGGCUUCGACCAGAUCACGGCCAAGUUUACCGGCACCUCGAUCAAGGUCCUGCCCGGCGAGCACAACCUUGGCAUCUUCAUCACCCUCGACCAGCGCGACGGCGAAAAGUACCAGCUCACCCACCCGGCCGCCCACCUUGGCGGCAUCCUCCGCGGCGCCCUGACCGUCUCGGUCAGCGACACCGCCUACAUCACCUGCCCCAAGACCAAGCUCAAGGCCAUCCUCAGCUACGUCGAGGAGGGCUGGCUCGGCCGCACCACCAACAAGGUCGAGGGUGUUAUUUUCCGCUAUGAUCCCGAGAAUGACGACAAGACGCGCAUCCAGGAAGUGCCGGAGGAGGAUGUUCUCGCCCGACUCAGCGGACCGUGGAGGGAAAAGGUCGUCUUUACUCUUGGUCCGACGCCAGUGAAGCAGGUCGCUGCCGAGCAGCAAUAUACCAUCAUCGACACCGCGCCGCUGCAGGUCGCCCCCAAGAUCCUCCCACCCGAGGAGCAGCAGGCGCCCAACGAGUCCCUCACCCUCUGGGGCAACGUCACAAAGGCCAUCCACGCCAAGCAGUUCUCCAAGGCCACCACCAUCAAGCAGGAGCUCGAGGAGGCCCAGCGCGUCAAGGCGCGCGAGCGUGACCGCACCGGCGAGGUCUACAAGCCCUUUUACUUUACCCACGCCGUCGGCAACGAGGGCCAGCCCGACCUCACGGACAAGGGCCGGCAGGUGCUCGAGCGCUCCCAAAAGGGCGACUGGUCACUGGAAGGCAUCAGCUCGACGUAA